GAAUAUGCAAGUGCAUAGCCUCAAAUUUCUUGCUUGUGAUGAUGGAUGGGGAUUAUCACCUCCUUACAGAGCUACGAGACCGAGCCGUGCCGGGUGUGCGUUUGCAUGUUUUCUGACAGAGUGCUUAUGAUAUCGUGAAGUUAUUUUCGUUCUGAGAUCUGCAUAGAGUACAGGACGUGAGCUAGCCUUGUCGAGGUGUGAUUGCGAGCUCAAGAGCGGGAGGAAGAGCAGCUAUGUCUGGAGCCGCGGAAGGGAUUGCCGGCCUGGCUUUGAGUGCCGUCAGCGUUGCGGCCCUAUUUACGACUUGUAUUGAGUGUUUUGAUAUUGUGGUUGCGGGGAAGAACUUCAGUGAGGACUAUGAACAGCUCUGUACUCUGUUUUCCUUACAGCGAGUUCGAUUCGGCCUUUGGGGCGAAUCAGUCGGCUUGAUUCCAAGUCCUCACGAUGGUCGAAAAGUGCGCUACAACAAGAACCUCGAUCGAUCCGACAUCAGACCAGGACUUGAUAGAACCCUCCACAACAUAAAGUCACUGCUGGAUCAAGCGAGUCAGGUUGAUGAUAGAUACGGGAACAAGAGCCCACCACCAGGCUGGGACUUAUCGACGUCUCGGGGCCUCAAUGUCUUCAAAACAUCCUUUGAGAGAUUCAAGACCAACAUCAAGAGGCAUCAGAAGAAAACAUCUGCUUGGAAGGUUACGAGAUGGGCCAUCCAUGAUGCCGACAAGUUCGAAGCCUUGAUCAAUCGUCUGAAAGACUUUGUCGAUGGCCUAGAAAGCAUCACUAAGUCCUUGGGAUUACUCGAAGAACAACAUACCAGACUACAACAAGAGAUCGAAAGUAUUUCGGACACGGAAAGUCUUCGAUUGCUUCGAGAUGCGUCCUCCAGAUAUGGUUCAUCUCAUCACGAUGUGUCAGACACUGCGAGUCGCCGAUUGAUCACUGUUGCAGAGUCUAUAAUCGAGAGAAGGACUCUGCAGUCUGGUACGGGUGGAGGUGGUACAGCGGAGUCGUUUAUCACAGCUAGGAGUGGACUUUCUACGGUAAUAGACAGUUCGAGUAGCCUAGGUCCUGUUCCCGGUGCCUGGCCACAGCUCACCAGUGCAAUCUCCUCGUACCCGAAGCUCUCGUCGUCUAGGCAGCUGAGUAAGUACAACGAGGGUGGUGGAGAAUCUUGUAAACAUGGGAUAUGGGGCGAACCCUUUUGCCCCAGAUGCCUGCCGACGGGCAAGUCUUACCCCUCAGAUACUACACAACUACCUAGCAGUGGCCCCCCAACGAACAUCGUCACUGGCACGAUCCCUGCUGCCGGGACCAGCGUCGUUGCUUCAUCGACGACAACGGAAUCUGUGGCUCUUGUCUACAUAUCCUCUCAGUUACCACAGAAUCAACGUCUAUUGGGUCAAUUGCUGGCACGCGCCAAACCACGCCAACCUCAGAGCUUUGCUGCAGGAGAUUCGGACCAUGGCAAGAAACUUGCUACUUUGAAAGCGGAAGAUGAGGAUCGUUGGGUCAAACAAUCAGUGAAAUACCUAACGCAAGCUUCCAGCGGUUCAUCUGCUGCGAAAAGAAUGUUCUUCGAGCUUCGGCAUAUCAAGGAAGGGAAGGUGCCAUUCGUCAGUGCCGUACCUGUUGGAGACAGCUUGACUAGAGUACUGGCAAGUAUUGAAGGUCCACCAGAAACACCCUAUGAAGGAGGCAUAUUCUGGAUAAUUAUCAGUUUUCCGGACAAUGAUCCGCAUAGACCUCCCAUUAUGAGGUUCCACACGAAGAUAUACCAUCCCAACAUAUCACCACAAGGACAUAUCUGUGCAGACUACAGCGCAAAAUGGAAUGCAGUCUUGUCCGGAGACAACAUGAAUAAUUCCGUCAAAGACCCACAAGCAAUGUGGUACCAACCAAAGAAGAACCAUGUGUAAUGGACCUUGGGCGCAUUGCUUACCGCCAUCUGUGCACUACUCGCUAUGCCAGAUGUUGAUGAUCCCCUGGUGCCAGAAAUCGCGCAGAAAUAUAUAGAAGACUAUGAAGGAUAUGUCAAGAACGCGAAGUCAUAUACGGAACGCUUUGCCACAGCUAUCCGGCCACCGGAUGACGACCUCUUUUUCCCAGAGAAAGAAGAAUUCGAUCAAA